AUGACGGGCAAAGUCCAGGGUGCCAACCGCCACAAACGAGCUCGCUACGAAAACAGCGUCGUCCCCAACAGCCCACGCAACCCGACGCUCUUGGAUACCAUAAACCUGUCAUCGGGCGAUGAGGCAACGAUUGUGGCAGAUCCCGCCGCAGCCCAGGUUGCCUAUGUGCUGCCAUCCCAAACCGCCACGCAAGAUGCCGAGGACAUCUGCCACUCGGCCAUGCUACAGCUCGUUUCGCCUGCGUCCGAGCCGGCUCUGCGAUGGCCUGUACAAGAUUCCCUCCCCAUCAACAUCCUCUUCGAUAUCGAAGAUAGCUUUUGUCGACCUUCUGCCGACGAACAGCCACACAGCCAGCAACGCCCUGAGUGCCACGAGGGCCAGGGCCAACUUACGGAUGCUUCUUCGAUGAAUACCGGGCUAGAAACAUCACGACACGGCUCAGAGGCCUGCACAACGAGACAUGUGAGCCGGGAGCCCAGCAACUCAGGCCCGCCGGAAGCCCAGCCGAGCUUGCGCUCAGGCUUGGGUUCAACCUCGAGCGCUCGAGACAGGACGCCGCUGAACUGCAUUCCCUUGCUAGAGCAGCUGUGGCAGCGCGAAGGAUGUGCGCAUCUACAGCCAGACUCUGUCAUAGCUACUAACAAGAAAGCCGUCUCCGCACUGUCCAAGCUGGUUCCAGGUCUUGAUAGCUGCGACAAAGGUGAAGCCGACCUUAUGCUCUACACCCUCGUCAUGCAGGCUAUCGUCAACUCUUACAGACAGGUCUGUGACUCGUGGUUGCAAGCAGGGUCCGACGUUUCCGGGCCACCCAACAAGGGCCCUUUGACGCCGUGUGAGAUGGACGCGCCCAGGUUCAGGUUUGGAACAUUUGAAAUUGAUGCAGAAUCGCAGAGGAAACUGUUUACACAGGUCGUGCUGGGAGAGAUUAACAAGGCCAUGUUGCUCUGGACCAAGUUAUGGGCCGUUGUGUCGACCCAGCAACUCAAUGGCCGAGGGGGCAUGGGACUCUGCGAAAACAUCCUUCUCGAAGCAGGGAUCACACUUCAAAGAAAAAUAACAGAGAUAAGCACCUCUGUCGCAGUUUAUAGCACUGAACCACAAUAA